CUGUGACUUUUCAAUGGGACAGGAGGUUGCCUUCUGCUAAUAAUUCAACGACGCGUAAACAAAUCUGCAGUUCGCAUGGGAGUUCUGGGUCUUACCCCAUUUUUGCAGAAAACAUGCCCGGAAGUUAUUAGAAAACUUCCAGACCGCCUUAGAUCUCUCUGCGGUAAGACCAUUGUCAUUGAUGGUACCCUUAUAACCCAGCGCCUUCACUUUGCACCUAUGCCUCAUCCGCAUAGACACGUCCUCGGUUGGCACCGCAUAAUCACAGAGCUUAAAGAGUGUAAUGUGCAAGCAAUUUGUGUCUUUGAUGGUAGAGACCGCAGCAUUGCCAAAGCUCGAGAGGUAGAACGACGCAAGGAGAUGCGGAGGCUGGAUGCGGCUCGUUCAUCCAUUGAGGUGGAGAGACUGAGCAGGCUUCAGAAAUUGAUGCGAUUACUACCACAAUAUAGUUCCAUGGAUCCGCUAGACCGUCAGCGUGUCAUCGACGCUUUAGAACACGUAGCAGUGGCUGCGAGGACUAUCCCUUCGUACUUCCAGUCUUCUCUGUCACCAUCGGAUAUCCGUCAUAAUGAUACGAACUCUGUUGCAGUUACUGCCACUCGCUCUCAGACUCGUCCAUCUGGUCCUUCUGCAUUUGAGCAGGUUUUCAGUGCUCUAUCAUCAUAUUCGGAGGAAGAUACCCUUUCGGCAAUUUAUGAUUCUGUUCGCAUGUCAGACGCAGACAUGAAGGAGAUCCUUCUCGCUCGCACAGGUCAAUCAGUCGCCGCGAUCCCGCCUAGUGAUCUCAAGUCAUGGCCAGACUAUAUAAACAGUUCGAUAUUGGAUCCGGGCUCUUCCCUUGUUGAGGGCAUAUCCAACCUUCGACUAGACUUUCCUCCUGGUCCAGGGAUCGUGCAAGGUGAACUUCGAGAUGCCGAUUUUCAAACACCCCAGGAUGUGACUCUCGCUACCAUCGUGGGUUCCGUACCCCCAGCAGAAUAUGUGCUUUCGGCACUCUCCUCCCUAUAUCAAGAAUAUCGCGACUGCGUCGCACAGAUCACCUCACUUCCAUCUACCGUGGAGGUCCCAGAGUCACCAGAUGAGACCCGCGUCGAGUACAUCAUGUCCAGGUCCCAACUUCAAAUGACAAUAGAGGAAGGCCAAAUAUGGAACACACUUGCGGACGCUCCUGAGACUGCCCUUGCAAUGCUGGCUGAAAAGAGUGGCGUUAUGUCCGAGUCUUACGCUCGCCGAUCGAACGCUCCCACCACUCGGACGUACGAGGAGAGCAAGGAGAUGUUGCGUGCCAUGGGAGUGCCGUGUAUCGAGUCAGAGGGACCUUUUGAAGCAGAGGCUCUCGCAUCCUCACUUGUUAUCCAUGGCGUAGCUGACUACGUCGCAAGCGAAGAUACGGACGUUCUCGUCUACGAAGCUCCCCUCAUUCGAAACAUCGCCAAUAGAAACGACCCACUCAUCCUCGUUUAUGGGUCCCACGUUCGUACCGCUCUUCAGCUCUCCAAGUCUGCAUAUAUAGACUUCUUGUUGCUCCUCGGCACCGACUUCUCACAGCGGAUCAAGAACGUUGGUCCUCAACGAGCACUCAAGUUCAUCCGCGAAUAUGGCAGCAUCGAAUGCGUUAUCGCACAAGAGGACAAGUUCCCGCCUCGCCUUUCCAAGCAUAUGUAUCUGGAACAAGUAGGCAUCGCUCGGCUUGCAUUCACAACACUGCCUCCUGUCCCGGACCCUGAGAUGCUAAAGCAACACGGUGUGAACCACGCGAAGGUUGCAGAAAUUGUACAAAAGUAUAGAUUACAGAGAGUACUGCCCAAUCAGUGUGAUUAUGGUACUGCAUUGGAGGGCAAUUAUUUUGCCGAUAACCCUAGGGCAACAUAGUUGGCACCCUCCGCAAUUACACUUCACCGCAAG